AUGUGGAGGAGUGUUGGCCUGACAUACGUUCGCUAUUCUCAGAUAGCUGCAGCUAUUACUCGAAGAUGUUUGAGAAACGUCGCCAAGGACGGGGGUAAAGGACAAGAAUCAACAGUGAAGUUUACAUACUGGGAUGCUGGGAAGCCAGUGAAGCAGUCCUAA